UUCGUUAACGAUAACGUGUUUUAUGAGAAAACAGCGCUCUUUGAAUAUUCAACGUUUUUCAUUUUCUUACCACUCGGUUUACUGAAUAUGGUGAGUGUGAGAUCGAAACUUUUGUUUUUCGCGCGUGCACGUGUUUCACUGUGACGUCACUUAUCAUUUACGGAAUGCCAGAGUUUGGUCAUAUUGGAGACGUACAGUUUGAAAGCGCUGUGGGUUGGUCAUCAAAAAGCCAUUAUUCCGCGACCGCUUCUUCUUGGCCUUUGGCAAUCGGACAAUCCAGAUGCAGUGAUGAUGGCACCAUGAAUCACGACGUAGACGGUGAUGGUGUUAUCAAUUUAUCUACGUCACAACGACCGUCAGCAGCGACAACGCCCAAUAAUAUUCUUCCAUCUAUUAAAACAGAGCCGCAAGCCGCUUCGCUAGAAAAAGUAUUAAAGGAACAACAACAGCAAUUAGAACUGGAUCGAAGUUGGGAUCAGGAGAGGGAAAGGGAUAUAAAAGGAAAUGGCAGCUCAAGUCCGAUGUCUGAUCAUAGGACGCAGGAACAGUCUCCUCCACCUACGUCCGACCCGCAGAAAAAUCUAUCGGCAACGAUUCCACCAAUACAAAAUGAUGCAACGAAAAUACCAAACGACUACACUUAUAUCCAAUCACAAACAUCUGGACCACCAUUAAUGUCUUCACCCACAUCAAAUCUUCACCAUAUGCAGCAGCUACUUCAGCAACAUGUACUCAGUCCCACGCAGCUACAGACUCUAAUGAAGCAACAUUCGAUAUUACAGCAACAGCAACAACAGCACCAGCAACAUCAAUUAGCAGAGUUAGGUAAAAAACAAAUAGAACAAACAAUGCAACAGCUACAAGAACAACUUCAACUGAAUCUCAUCCAACAAACACAUAUCUUACAAAAUCCAGAUAAGAAGAAGGCAUCAGGCUCAAUACAGCAACUAGCUCUUCAACAGCAGCAACUGAUUCAACAACUGCAGCUCGUUCAGAGACAAUAUGUUGUUCAUCAAGGAAUGGGUAUGCAGCCGUUAAUACUUCCACAAAAUCAAGCUCUUAACACAAGAGAUGUGAUGAGUCCAUGGAAAGACGUAGGCGAUCCGCACGCGGAAAAUAAACCUCCACCGGAAUUAAAUGAUAAUUCGCCUGGGUUAUUAGGAAUUCCACCUAGCAGAUCGAGUAGGGAUGAACCGAUGGACGAUAAGUCCGAUAGGCCCGCGACCCCGGAUAGGGUGCAUCACCUUUAUGGUCACGGUGUUUGUAAAUGGCCAGGUUGUGAAAGUCCCUGUGAAAAUUUAGAAGCAUUUAUAAAGCAUUUAAAUACCGAACACACCCUCGACGACCGUUCGACGGCUCAAGCGCGCGUACAAAUGCAAGUAGUAUCGCAAUUAGAAUUACAAUUGCAAAAGGAACGAGAUCGACUCCAGGCGAUGAUGCACCAUUUGCAUCUGUCCAAGCAGAUGGGCUCCCCGGACUCCCAUAAGGAUUCGAAUGCAGUCAAGAUCGCGGUCAGUGCAGCUCUACCUCAACCACCCGUAUCGAUAGGACCGAUGGUGUCGGCGGUGAGAUCGCCCGUGUUACAUUCGCCGGCGCCCAACGUUGCGGGGCCCAUCCGACGGAGGCUCAGCGAUAAAUCUGCGUUGUCAUUGGCUGGGGGUUUACCGUAUAUGUUAGAACGAGCUGGAUUAGAUGUUCAACAAGAAAUACAAAGAAAUAGGGAAUUUUACAAGAACGCUGACGUUAGGCCUCCAUUCACAUACGCUUCCCUUAUUAGACAGUCUAUAAUCGAAUCUCCUGAUAAACAGCUCACCCUCAACGAAAUAUACAAUUGGUUCCAAAAUACAUUUUGCUAUUUUAGGAGAAAUGCAGCUACUUGGAAGAACGCAGUACGACACAACCUAUCUCUUCACAAAUGUUUCAUGCGCGUGGAGAACGUUAAAGGGGCAGUUUGGACAGUGGACGAAGUUGAAUUCUACAAGAGGAGGCCCCAACGAUGUUCCUCGGGUCCGUUGGCCCAACCAGUCGUCGGGGGUGCUACGUCAAAAAGCCCGACGAUGAACCACAGUCCAACUUUGUACGGAGAUCACAUACCUGCCAAUGUUCAGUUUAUGCAGGCAUCGCUGAUGGAGGAGAAUAACCUAUCAUUUUUAACGAAUUCUUCGCUGUUGGCCAGCAGAACGAGAGAUAGGUCGGAAUCACCUCCACACGACCAUUUAAUAAGGUCACCAAUGAAUGGUGGUUUGCAUGUAAAGCAAGAACUAAUUCAAGACCAUCAUAUGCGAACUGAUCGUGAUCGCGACCAAGACAUGCAGCAUCACGCGGUCAAACGCGAAAUGCUAUCGGAGUACGAAGAUCUAGAUCAAGACCAGUCGGACAAUGUAGCUGAGGAUCUCACAAUGGCGUCAGAUCACACGGAGUCGAACGUUAUUGACGCAAGUGAUAAAAAAGUGUUCAAUUCACUCUCGAAUCCUUGACUCUUUUUUGUUUUAAUUGAAAAUUGGAGAACUUCGUGGUGCUCAGUGUGACUGCUUUUUCAAUACACACUAUGAUUGUCUAUCACACGAAAUUGUUUGGAAGACUGCGGAAGAUUUUUAUUUCGAAAAGAAUUCACUAAUUAUUAAGUACUUAAGCUAUCAAAAAAUUGGUAUGUAGUGUGGAAUGAUCGGAUAUAUUAACGAUUCCACGGAAGAAGUGUUUAAUGAAAAAGUGUUCAUCCUGUGUAUUAUUGGUGAAGAAUUGAAGAAUGGCUUAACUUGUAUAUUUUUGUGUGCGUGCGUGUACAUAUAGAAAAUAUGUUCAAAUGGUUGAUAGCGUCAUGUUAUGGGUACUGUUAUUAUUUAGACAAAAUUGUCGCGUGUUGUAUCAUCAAAAAAAAAGAUCUUAAUUUCUUUAUUAAUACAGGGUUAUUUGUUACGCGGUAGACUUUUUUUGGCUAAGCCAAAGAUUAUUAACUUAGUAUUGUUAUUUCAAAAAAUGAUAUUCUCUAAAUUUUGAACGAAUUUUCAAAAACUGAAACAAUACUACGUAUUACGGACAAAAAUCUAAAGGAACCCAUUUAAAUAAAAAAAGUAACAUACUGUGUUAUGUUAUAGGAAUUAUAAUCAAAAAUAAUUUUAAUGUAGAUGAAGCAUUUCUUGAACUGUACCUAAAUGUCGUGCUUUUUAUGAAUAGUACUUUAUGUUGAUAUUUUUUAUAACAUUAAACAAAUUAGGUACCACAAACAGUUAGAAAUGUUCCCGAAAUGCCACGACAGUAGAUAAAAUCGACGAGUUAUGGGUUUGGGUUAAUAAUAAUAUUACCAGCCAUUGAUUACUGAAUUCACUCGUCAACAAGCAUAGUAAAAAAGUAUAUUUAAAUAAUAUUUAUUAACAAAUAACCCUACUUUUUAAAAAUUGUCCCCUGCUAAACUUCUGAGUAACAAAUACCUAAUACCAAUACAAUCAUUUUAGUUUAUCAUUGCAGUAUUACAGGUAAUUUAAAUAUACUCAAUCUUUUGAAUCAUCAGGAUUCAAAAACCAAAAUAAACAGUAUUUUGAAAAUUCGUCCAGUGGCUAUCGCACAGAUAGAUUUAAAAUUAGCAUAUCACAUACUAUGUUUGCGUAGGAAAAGUCUAAUACAAGUAUACAAUGUAAAAGAAAAUAUACUCAUUUGUAUAACAGUGGCGUUAUAUUUAUAAGUUUUUUUUAUUUUUGUUGGAGCUUGCAACAAUAAUAUUUUAAAUAUUUAUUUUAUUAAUAAAUUUUUCAUAUAAUCGAAUUACAUUGUCGCGUAUAAGGUUGCGACAUUUUUAGGAUUUUAAUGUUAAUUAUUUUAGAAUUUUAUUAUCAAUAUAUUACGAUUUAAAUUUGCCAUUAAAAUGGUUAUGUCUGUGUUAAUUCAUGAAAGUACAAUACGUCACUGUUGUGCUAUCAAUUUUACGCUCACAUAGUAAUGUAAAAUAAGCAAUAUUGUAAAUUAUUCUCGUUAAGCGCUAUUGUAAUCUACCUUUACUGCAAAUAUUAAAUUCCAUAUCACUACCUAAAAUAAAAAAUCAUAUAUCAAUGUAUAAAUAGUAGGUCAAUACGUUUUCAUAAUAAUUAGGUACAUCUAGCUAAUUUCGGAAAUAUUAGAAAUGGCUAAUAAUUGUAUUUAUCGCCAUUUUUUCGACGUAUAGAGUUUUCUAAAGCAUUUUUUCAUUUUAAUAAAUUGCCAAACAUACAGGAUACUCCAAUUCUUUAAAUAUGAAAGAAAGCCGCUGAGGUAAGUUGAAUUCUUUUUUUUUUCAAUUCAUGCUAAUACGAUUUUGUUAUAAAAAAUUAUUUAAACCCUUAUCGAUUUAAUUUCUCGCGCAAUAAAGAUGCUAAAUUUUUCUUGCAUACCGUAGAUUUUUUCUCUAGUGGAAAUUUGGAUUACCCUGUAAAAUUAAGCGUACUUGGAUCAUUUUUGAAACAACUUGUCACCAUAAAAUAUGCAACAGAAGCAAGUAUUUUUUGUACCACUAAUUUUUAACUUUUUUAAAUUAAUAAUUAAAUUUGGUUUCUAUAAAAUUUCAAAUCUGUUUUUUCGUAAUGAUCCAUACAUGUACCGUUUUGGUUUUGGCAAACGCACAUAACACAUUUUUCGAAUCGUCUCUAUGAUUUUUUAUUACUUCUGCCAUAAAGUUGCCAAAUACAUUCGCAUAGUUGUGAUAGAACCAGGACCUGACUUGGAAAAUGGCAAGAAGCAACCUCCAUACAAAUUACGGUGUUCAAGUGUUACGUAUAAAAAACUAAAGUUAUUCCAAAAGGAGAUAACAAUGAUGAAUCGUUUUCUAUACAGUGGAAGUCAUCGUAAUUUGUAUCGCGAAAUGGUUAACUAAAUGAUAUGCAAUAAAAAGUUACAAUAAUGUUUCGAUUAGUAUUAAUUUCGCUCCGAAACGCUUAGUAUAUCCACGCCGGUCCUGGAUAGUACUUAGUUUGAGUUUAUAAAAUUAAUGAAACUGGGCAACAUUUGCAAUAUAAAUUUAGGACUUUUUUUUGGAAAUUCUGUUUUGGUAAUAUAUCACAACUACCAAAAAAUCCCUAUUAUAUUUCUUUUUUAUUUAAUAACACAAAUGCUAGGUUUUCAUACCAUAUCAUCAGAUUACUUUUAAUCUGUGCUUGUAUCAAUCUAAUAAAUUCAAGGAUUAUUACAUUAUCAAUGAGUGUAUAUCUAAUUGAAUGUUUCUAUAACCUUUUUGUGAACCCUUAAUAAUUUAUUAAUUUGUCUUAUAUGUGUAUAUAACGUAAUAUGAAUUAGUAACUUGAAAUGGUGUCCAGUUCCUUUUAGAUAGGAAAUUGCAAGAUUGAUUUUACAUCGUUUUUACUCCAAACGUUAUUAUUUUUGCCCUUAAUAACAGAUUUGUACAAAAUAGAUCAAGUUUUACAAUAAUUUUGUCAUUGUAAUAACAGGACAUUAAUACCAAAGAUAUUACUACUUAACUAUUUAGUUCUGAAUAAAAUAAGUAUCAAGAAAACAGUAGGUGUAAAAUCAAAUCUUAAUUAAUAAUUAGAAAUAUGUGUACAUAGAAUGUAAAUGUAUUUUUUUUAUUUCAAGCUGUUUAUUUAAAAAACCGGCUGUACGAACAGAAAUUUACUUUAAACGAUUUAAAUACGACCACCUCGUAGAAAAAAAAUGUGUGGUAAUUAGUUAUAGUUUUUUAACAUAUCAAUAGAAAUUAAAUGCUUAAAAAGUGGGGACGAACCACCAAAUGUAUAUCAUACGGUUUGAUUUGAUCGAUAUGUUCUAUUGAGUACAUUUAACGCCGACUUAAUAUUCCAAAAAGUAAAUCGUCAAAAUAUAAAUUUCUGCUCAAUUUUCGCAAAUCUAUCACUAUCUCCAUGUAAAAUUGUACUGUAUAAUAUUUCUGGUAUAUCAAUUUCUCAUUUGUUUAAAUACAAAACUGGAAUUAUA